AUGGCAACAAAGUAUCCCCAGCACGUUGCUAGACUGUUUCAAGCGGGCCCACCAGUUCAAUAUAAGAAACCUGUCGAUUAUCCGAUUGAAAGUCGGAAAACUGUCAGCAACAUCUCUGGACUAUCAGGGUUUUUGAGCCACUUGAAGAAUUAUGCUGAAGAGUUCACACAAGGCUCAGAGAAUCGGCAUUUACAAGCUUACGAUGACGCAGACCAAAAGCGGCAAAUUGAGAACAAAAAGCUGCGAACAGAGCUCAGCGAGUGGAAACCACACGAGGACGCCAAUUUUGCUGAUACAGAUCCAUACAGGACCAUUUUUGUUGGCAGACUGCCGUACAGCGUCACGGAAGUGGAGUUACAAAAGCUUUUUGUUCGAUUUGGCGAUAUUGAAAAGGUGCGUGUGGUGAGAAACAAAAUGACCAACAAGAGUCGAGGCUACGGAUUUGUAGCAUUCAAGGAGGAGCACUCUGCGAGGUCGGCGUGCCGCGAAAUCGGUGUUCACCGAGGCGAGGAGGUUGAGGGCCGCGCCAUCAUCGUUGAUAUCGAGCGAGGCAGAACGGUCAAAUAUUUCACGCCACGAAGGCUGGGCGGAGGGCUGGGAGGCCGUGGCUACAUGAAACGAGACCGAAUGGCAAAGCUGGCAAUGGCCACGAAACCAACGUCGUCAGCGUCGGCUGUUUCCACAACUGCUGCCACGCGAGACUACUUGCGCGGAGACGAGGGCUCACGUGCCAGUCCUUUCCCUCGAAGCGCUGCUCCGCCACCACCACAGCGAAGCAGGUUUUCAGGCUACAAUAACAAUACAUCUGUACGGGCUCAGGGCGAAAGUGGUACCGGCUACCGCUCCCGAAGCUCUAGGACCAGCAGAUUUGGCCGUUAG